AACUCACAACAAGAGAAUAGUAACAGAGGAUCUGCCAUGGAAAACAAACUGUGGAUUUUAAUUAUGGGGAUUUGUCUAAUUUCAGGGGUACAGGGACAGAGUGUGGAGAUGGACGAAGAAAAGUCAGGCUUUGUGGGGUCAAAGGUCGAGCUGCGGUGUCGCUUCAUCAACAGCUCUCCACCAGUCAAAAUCUCACAGGUGACGUGGCAGAAGCUGGUAAAUGGCUCGAAGCAGAAUGUGGCCAUUGCAAAUCCGUCUCUAGGCGUUUCCGUGGCACCACCGUACAGAGACCGCGUCACUUUUAAGAAUGGAGCUGUGCGACGUAGAACCCCAAACCUGGAGGACACAACCAUCACCUUCUCAUCGCUGCGUUUGUCUGAUGAAGCAGCAUACAUCUGUGAAUACACCACCUUCCCCGCAGGAAACAGAGAAAACACAGUCAACCUUACAGUCUUAGUUCGACCCACGACCCAGAUGAGUCUCUCCACACCAACACUCGUGGCGGCUCGAUCAUCAAAAGUAAAAACUCCGGUGGCCACUUGUGUUUUAGCAAAUGGAAAACCUCCAGGAACCAUCAGGUGGGAAUCACGCGUCCAGGGAGAGGUUAGCACCAGGGAGUACAGAAAUGAAGACGGGACAUAUACGGUGCAGAGUGACUACAUCCUGGUACCGAGUCGCGACACGCAUCGUGAGACGCUCACCUGUGUCACCACCUACAAUGAGGAAGUGUUCACCGAGAGUGUCAUCCUCGACAUUCAGUAUGAGCCAGACGUCAUGGUGGAGGGCUAUGAUGGAAACUGGUACCUGAACCGAGAGAACGUGCAGCUCAACUGUCUGGCCGAUGCCAACCCCUCAGUGUCUCUGUACCAGUGGAGAAUAAUCAAUGGUUCCAUCCCAGACACUGUUGAAAUCCGCGACAACCUCCUCAUUUUCAAAGGACCAGUGACAUAUGAACUUCAAGGGACCUACGUGUGUGAAGCAACUAACAGCAUCGGGACACGUGCUGCAUCAGUGGACAUCAGUGUAAUUGAUAAGCCUUUACCUCAGAUUGCAACCAGUGACGUGGUCAGUGUCAUCGCUCUGUUAUUGGCUGCUGGAGUACUACUGGGCAUCACCAUCACGGUCCUCAUCCUCAAAAUCAGGAGUCGCAAAGACAACUCAUCAAAUGACUCUCAAUCCAGAAAGAUGUCCCAGACACUGAGGAAGAGACCAGACGAUUUCCAGCAUUCGAGCAGAUUUUACGAGGAGCUUCCAAACACAGCAGACUACGUGAGCUACCGACUGGCCUGUAACAAGGAGGACUAUCCGGAGCCCUACUCACCCCCCAUCCAGCCUCCCCUCUCCUUUCUGCCGCAGCAGCCCUACCAUGCCUCUUCACAGCCCAACACCGGGACAAGCACUGGCAGCAGUGGAGGCACCACCUCCAGAAAUACCUUCUCCCCUCCAACACACACAACCGCCAUCUUUAAAUACCCCUCUGUCUCAGGACUGACGUCUCCGCCCAUAGGAGCAGCAUACACCUUUCCCAAAGAACAGUAUGUCUAAAACAAGUCUAAAUGAUCUAAACAAUAUACAAGUUUAUUUGGGACUUUGGACAGUAUUUUUGUUUCUUACUGGAGGUGGACAGUGCAGCUUUUGGGCCACUACAGCCCAAUUUUUGAAUUACAAUGUUUUAUUAUUUUGUUUUUGUAAGUGUAAAUAUUG